GGGAGAAGCCCGGAGCGCUGCGCAGGGAGGGCGGGGAGGCGGCGGCGGCGCCGUCACGGGAGGAGGAGAAGAAGAAGGAGAGGGAGAAGAAGCCGGAGAAGCCGGCGCGGAGCCUCGGUUCGCAGCCCCUUCGCCGUCCCCGCCGCCCCCCUGGCCGCCGGAGCUUCCCGGCGGCCGCCCGGCCCCAUGAUGGCCUCGACCGCCACCUGCACCCGCUUCACGGACGAGUAUCAGCUCUUCGAGGAGCUCGGGAAAGGGGCAUUCUCCGUUGUGAGGAGAUGUAUGAAAAUCACCACUGGACAGGAAUAUGCUGCCAAAAUCAUCAACACCAAGAAGCUUUCAGCUCGGGAUCACCAGAAACUGGAAAGAGAAGCUAGAAUCUGUCGCCUCUUGAAGCAUCCCAAUAUUGUGCGGCUUCAUGACAGCAUAUCAGAAGAAGGAUUCCAUUACUUAGUCUUUGACUUAGUCACUGGAGGUGAAUUGUUUGAAGAUAUAGUUGCAAGAGAAUAUUAUAGUGAAGCAGAUGCCAGUCAUUGUAUACAGCAGAUUCUAGAAAGUGUUAAUCAUUGUCAUCUAAAUGGCAUAGUUCACAGAGACCUGAAGCCUGAGAACUUACUUUUAGCUAGCAAAUCCAAGGGAGCAGCAGUAAAACUGGCAGACUUUGGAUUGGCUAUAGAAGUCCAAGGAGAACAGCAGGCUUGGUUUGGCUUUGCUGGUACUCCAGGAUACCUUUCUCCAGAGGUGUUACGGAAAGAUCCUUAUGGAAAACCUGUGGAUAUGUGGGCAUGUGGUGUCAUUCUGUAUAUCCUCCUGGUGGGAUAUCCUCCUUUCUGGGAUGAAGACCAGCACAGGCUUUACCAGCAGAUCAAGGCUGGUGCUUAUGAUUUUCCCUCACCAGAGUGGGAUACAGUGACCCCUGAAGCAAAAGACCUUAUCAAUAAAAUGCUUACCAUCAACCCAGCAAAACGUAUCACAGCAUCAGAAGCACUAAAGCACCCAUGGAUCUGCCAACGUUCUACUGUUGCCUCUAUGAUGCACAGACAAGAGACUGUAGAUUGCUUGAAGAAAUUCAAUGCAAGAAGAAAACUAAAGGGGGCCAUUUUGACAACGAUGCUGGCUACCAGAAAUUUCUCAGCAGCCAAGAGUUUACUGAAAAAGCCGGAUGGAGUUAAGAAAAGGAAGUCCAGUUCGAGUGUUCAGAUGAUGAUAAACAACAAAACCAACGUGGUAACCAGCCCCAAGGAAAAUAUUCCUACCCCAGCGCUGGAGCCCCAAACUACAGUAAUCCACAACCCUGAUGGAAAUAAGGAAUCCACAGAGAGUUCGAAUACAACCAUCGAAGAUGAGGAUGUGAAAGCUCGUAAGCAGGAGAUUAUCAAGGUUACUGAGCAGUUGAUUGAAGCCAUCAACAAUGGGGACUUUGAAGCUUACACAAAAAUCUGUGAUCCAGGACUCACAUCUUUUGAACCUGAAGCUUUGGGUAAUCUUGUAGAGGGGAUGGACUUCCACCGGUUCUACUUUGAAAACGCUUUAUCCAAAAGCACUAAACCGAUCCACACCAUUAUCCUCAAUCCUCAUGUCCACCUUGUGGGUGACGAUGCCGCUUGCAUUGCGUACAUCCGGCUCACGCAGUACAUGGAUGGAAGUGGGAUGCCAAAGACUAUGCAGUCAGAGGAGACGCGGGUCUGGCACCGUCGAGAUGGGAAGUGGCAGAACGUUCAUUUUCACCGUUCAGGGUCACCAACAGUACCUAUCAAUGCCUAGCACAGCGGGAUCCCAGCCAUGGCUCCGGCCCCUAGAUGCUACGCUAAAAAUAUCAGCGGUGCCGCUCUUGCAUUUUCUGUACCCAACGCACCUGGUUGAUUACCAUCUUGGCCAUCCCGUUCUCUUCAUGCAUGUUUCUGAGUGCAUGAAGUUGUGAAGGUUCUUCAUGUAACACAUUUGUGAUGCACCACGUUGCUAUAUAUUCCAUCUGUACACUGUUAACAUUUCAAUGAAGGUGAUGUUCCAUGCAAAUAGAGAAUAACAAGGCAUAAAAGACACAAAAAAGAGUUGAUGGACAGCAGUAGAUACUGAAUACAUCUGUCACUGUCUCCAUUUAUGCCAAGUUUUGACAGACAACUUUAAAAACUAUCCUGUUUAUUAAAAAAAAAAAGGAAAAAAAAAAAGAAAAAGUAUAUUUUACCCUCUUUUUUUUAAGAACUGGUUUUUGACAACUUCUUUUCCCCAGAGACCCAGAAUUUUGCUUUGGUUCUGGUAGGAGUGGUUAGGAUUUCCACUGGCAGCUCCGUUUCUGUAAAGCAGAUUUUUACUACAGCACGUAGAUGGACGAAAUCACUGAUAAAUGUGGAAGUGAUAAUAUCUUGGCUUUGUACCAGUUGGAACCUUCUUAGCUUAUUAGUCCAUAUAAACUGGAAAAAUCUCAUCAUUUGUUGGCUUGCUCACUUCAGAAUUUCAGUGUUCUGGUGAGCCAGCAGCUGCUUUGGUUCUUUUUGAAUCUUUACCUUUGCUUUCUUACUCUGCUAAUUGAAAAUUUCUCUUGGAUGAUUAAGCAAAACUGUAAGGAACUAAGUGACGAUUGAGGGGCAGUUUUUGAGGAUUAAAAUGGAAGAAUAGGGAAAGAUAGAU